UUAUUUGAAACAUAGGUCUCAUAACAUGACGCAUCUGCGGUGGGUCAGGAUGGAAGUUGCCAUCAGCUUACGUUAAUUAUUGAUUGGGACGGUCCCACUAUAAAAAGAGGUCGCACCCGCCGCUCUGCUCCCUCUCGUUACUUGCCAAGAUGAGCUACUACGGAUCUGACGUGAAUUCCGCCUCUUCCUACCGGAAGAUUUUCGGGGAGUCUCCCCGCUACUCAGCUUCCCCAUCACGGAUGACUAAUGCUUCACGCAGCGGUUACAGGUCCAGCUCCCAAUCCAGGAGCAAUGCCCCCUCACUGGGAUCAUACAAGAGGUCCGGCCGCUCCUACUCAGCUAUGCCUAUGUCUAUGGAAAACUUUGAUCUCACCCAAAGCAGCGCACUCAACAAUGAGUUCAAGAUCAUCCGUACCAAUGAGAAGGAGCAAAUGCAGGGUCUCAAUGAUCGCUUCGCGAUGUUUAUCGACAAGGUGCGCAACCUGGAGCAGCAGAACAAGGUCCUGGAGACCGAGCUUGUCACCCUGCGUGGGCGGCAGAACGAGCCCUCCCGUCUGGCCGACCUGUACCAGCAAGAGAUCCGCGAGCUGCGCUCCCAGCUGGAGGAAGUCAACGGGGAGAAGUCCCAGAUAAUGAUCGAGCGCGACAACAUCGAGGAAGACCUCCUGAAACUCAGGGCCAAGUACGAGGACGAGUACCGCGCUCGGGAAGAGGCAGAGCAGAACCUCAAGGCGUUCAAGAAGGACGUGGACGACGCGACCAUGGUGCGUCUGGACCUGGAGAAGAAAGUGGAGUCUCUCUUGGACGAGAUCAACUUCUUGAGGAAGGUGCACGAGGAGGAGGUGACCGAGCUGAUGAACAUGAUCCAGGCUUCCCAGGUGUCGGUCGAGAUGGAGGUGGCCAAGCCUGACCUCACCUCAGCCCUCAAGGAGAUCCGCGGCCAGUACGAGUCCAUGGCGUCCAAGAACCUGCAGUCCGCCGAGGAAUGGUACAAGUCCAAGUUUGUCGACCUGAACGAGCAGGCCACUCGCAGCAACGAGGCGAUGCGCACGAGCAGGGAGGAGAUCAACGAGUUCAGGAGGCAGCUGCAGUCCAAGACCAUCGAGAUCGAGAGUCUGAGGGGAACCAACGAGUCUCUGGAAAGGCAGCUCCAGGAGAUGGAAGACAGGCACAAUAAUGAGAUUGGCAACUACCAGGAUUCCAUGGCCCAGCUGGAAAACGAUCUGAGGACCACUAAGGGUGAGAUGUCUCGUCACCUGAGGGAAUACCAGGACUUGCUGAAUGUCAAGAUGGCACUGGACAUUGAAAUAGCUGCUUACAGGAAACUCCUGGAAGGGGAGGAGACCCGCAUUAGCACGGGCAUCACCUACCCCAGCCCCGGCGGCCAGAACUACAACUACCAGGCCCGCAUGUACACCUCUUCCUCCGGGGGCUCCAAGGUCUCCAAGAAGGAAGGCAAGGACGAGGAGCAGCAGAGCAAGUCCGGCAAGAUCUCCUCCUCCCAGCGGGAGAUGUACGAGGAGACGGUGGUCACCUCCAAGAAGACGGAGAAGCAGCAGGAAUCCAGCGACAGCAGCCCCAAAAACUAAAAUGCCCCUAAGAGAACCCCCCCUCCCUCUUCUCUCCGUCCCUUGCCCAAUUCCAAACCCCAUCGCUAGGACCCACACUUGAGGAGUUUUGAGGGGAUGAGAGGAUGCGGGUUAAGGGGGGGGGGGGGGGAGCGUUGUAUGAGAUCUACACAGGCCUCCGAUCGGUCGGAUGUGCUUUUAAACGUAGUUGUGUCAUAUUUGUCUCAGAUCCCGACAAGAGUGUGGAGUCUAGGGGUCGGUUUGGAAUCGGGGAGCCCCACCCUUUCCCCUCUUCCCUCCCCCCUUUCCCCUCUUCCCUCCCACAGGGGUGCUCUCAGAGAGGAAUCCAAUAACUCUGACUCUACUAUAACCAUUCACUAUCCAUUCACAGUACUCUUUCUCUCUCUCUUUCCACACUCGAUCACUCACUUUACAGUAUAGACAACAGCCUUCACACUUCCAGUAAUCAUUAUGCAGGCACAUACAGUGCGACAUUCGACGGUUCCAAUCGCUCCGUGCUUGCGUUGAUUUUGCAUAUCCUAGUGCACUGCCGAGCUAGACGUUCUUUUCCGACACAUUCCAAGGGAGUGUGUGUGUGUGCAAGUGUGUCAUUGUGCACGUUCAAAAGGAAUCAAGAUCAUUCGAAAAGGUGCCGGCUCGUAAACAAUCCUUUUCGCAUUUCAACACCUACCAUGUGACAAUAUAGCACUUUGAUUGAGACGAGAGUUAUGGAGUAGUUAAAGUACGUUCUUGAAGGAGCACAUCAAAAUGAAUAAAAGCCAGUAUAUCCAACCAAGCUUUACUGCUGAGCCAUUUUGCUGUAAUCCUUUAUAAUCCCUAAAUCUCUUGUAGCUACUGGGAGACGUUGAACACAAUCUCCUAGUAUAUCUCAAGGCUUGUCCUUGGUCUCACCAUCCUGGUCAUUUCAAUUCCGCAUGACAGCAGUGUACAGCUGGGUGACCCGUCCCCACUGAAGACCACUCUAGACCACAACACAAAAGCUGGUCGUUCCUCUCCAGGGUUGCUCUUCACCGCGUUUAGUCGACCCAUUGAGACAAACUUGAAGCAAGCAAGAAAGACGAAACCUAGUAAUAACCUCUGAGUAAUUUGCAUGGUGUAUGUAUAUCUCAUGCUUGCAUGGCGACUGACUGUAUUUGGGCCAUCGUCCAUUCAACGGGAUGGUUCAGUGUGAAUCGAAUAGGAAUAGUCCCUCCCCAUUCGCCCAUGCUUAACGUCUUUGUGUUUCUCUAACCCCCUCAUGACAUCGUAUGUGCUUGUUAGUCAGUAGGCUAGACCUGAGACUGACUCUAUAGCUUGGAGUGUGACCUAGCGAAUCGUUUCUGACGUAACAUAUGCGAGUAUUGACGAUGAUGAUGAAGGUUCUUUUUCAGGGCACUUGCAAAACAAUCUUGAUGUGGUAUCCCAUCGGGUAUUGACUAUCAGAUUGUGAGAAUACAGGGAGAGACAAAAGGGAUGGAAAAGCAGGCAGGGAGGUAAAAAGAGAGAUUGACAGAAAGAGAGAGAGAGAGAGAGAGAGAGAGAGAGAGAGAGAGAGAGAGAGAGAGAGAGAGAGAGAGAGAGAGAGAGAGAGAGAGAGAGAGGGAGAGAGAGAGAGAGAGAGAGAGAGAGAGAGAGAAAGAAAGAAAGAAAGAAAGAAAGAAAGAAAGAAAGAGAGAGAAAGAAAGAGAGAAUGAGCUACCUUUAUCAUCCUUUCUACUGAUCCGCUCUAAUCAAUUGACUAAAAAGCCUGAGUAGUGUAUGACGUUUUAGCACAAAUGCAUGGGCUUCUGAAUGAACCGAUAGGGUGUGAUGGAAUCAUAUGCACAACACCAUCCCUCCACCCUCACUGCACAUGUGCCAUUGCAGAUGCCUGAAGCACAUUUGAACUCCAGACUCCAUACCACGUCACUAAGCCUUAGGAACACAACAACACAACAACAAACAACAAUGAUGAGCUGAACAAUGCCGUGACCUCUCACUUUUCUCUUUACUAAAGAGCCAUGACUGAAAACUGAUGACGUGUUGUAGUUC